UAUGGAAUAUUCUUUUAUUCAAAGCAUAUUCUCUGGAGAACUAAUUUCUAACCUUCAAUGUUUGAAUUGUAAAAAAAUUACGAAGACAGUUGAAUAAUUCUCAGCGUUAUCCCUAGAGCUUCCUGAAAUUAAAAAACAAGGAUUUUUUAAAUAAUUUCUCAAUAAUUAAAAGCAGUCCAUAACAUUAAAAGAAUGUCUUGAUUAUUUUUAUGAACCAGUCAUAGAUUCAUUAACUCUUUGUAGUUGUGGUACAAGAUCAGGUAAAAGACAAUAUAGUUUUUAAUAAUAAUCUAAUUUAUUAUGUAUACAUUUGUAAAGGUUUUAAAAUAAAAACUAAAAAGAUAAAAAACAUGUUUCUUUUCCAAUUAAGGAUCAUAACUUUUAAGAAUAUUUUAAUGUAAAAUAUUAUUUAAAAUACAUAAUAGUUGGAAAAUGAAUAGAAUUAUAGACUUUUUGGAAUAGUUGUACAUUUACAUGAUUUAGGAGGAGAUCAUUUUGAAACUAUUUUAAAAUAUAAAAAUUCAUAAUUUUUAAGCAUUAAAGACGAAAUUAUCUAAAUAGUUUCACAAAAUUAUGUGGAAGAAUGUGAAGCUUUAUUAUUAUUUUAUGAAAAAGUAGAUAAUUAAAUUGAUCAAUUUAAAGCAAGUCUUAGAAAAAACUUAUAGAACUAACAUAAAAUGAUAGUUAAUCAAGAAUUACAAUUAAAAGAUGAAGAAUUAUGUUAUUUACCGCAUUUUUGGUAUGAAUAAUUUUUAUAUCUUGCAAAACCACCUUAAAUUAUAACAUCUCAUUUAAUUUGUCCUCAUAAUUUAUUAAAGCCAGAUUAUUGGGAUUUUAGAAUAGAAUAUGAAGUAACAUAUAUUAUUUAUAUUAAGAAUGCUAAAUCAGUUUAAUAAAAUUCUCAAUUAGAUUCAAACACAAGCUUUACAACAAUAGGAGAGGUAUAAAAUCCUAAUUCUCCAGUUAAUAUGGAGGAAAGCUCUGCCUAAAAAUAAUUGCAACUCACUUCAAUCAUAAUUCCUAAAGCAGUUUGCGAAUUUUUAAUUGAAAAAUAUGGAGGAGGGCCAAUUAUUGAAAAAAAUAUUAAAACUUGUAGUGCCUGUACAGAAAAUGCAUAAUAAAUGAGUAGAAGAAGAAAAUUAGAAAGGCAACUUAUAAUUAAAUAUGAAAAUCUUCAAGGGUAUGAUAGAAUUUUUGUCAUCCAUGAAGAAUGGUUAAAGAAAUGGUAAACUUACCUUUAUAAUUCAAAAUCCAUUUUGUAAAAAAACAAUUUAUUUGGUUAUCCUCCUCCUGGAGAAAUAACUAAUUAUUUAUUGUUAGAUAAAGAUUAAUAGAUUAUCUAAUAAAAAAAGGAAGGCUAACAAUUUCUUAUGAUCACAGCUCCAAUAUGGCAUAUCUUAUAGGAAAUAUAUGGAGGAGGUUAAUUAUUCAUUUAUAAUAGGUCCAUCAAUUUCUAUUAAUCCUCAUUAAUAAUAAUAUGAACCAUUUAAAUUGCAAAUGGAUGAUCAACUUUUGACAAAAGAACUCAAGACUUUAUAUCAAAAUUGUAUCAAUUAAUAUAAAUGUGAAAUUUAACAAUGAC